AUGUCCAGAUCGUAUCGAUCAGCUGUUGAUCUUCUAUCGCCUGAUGCGGUCUUCUUUUUAGGUGACUUGAUGGAUGAAGGUCAGUGGGGAAAUCAUUAUACAUUCCAUAAAUACGCCGAUCGAUUUGAUUCUUUAUUUGGAUUUUCUGAAGAUAAACCGGAAGUCCAUGUACUGGCUGGGAAUCACGAUUUAGGUUUCCAUUACGCUGUAACGCCAUUUCGGGUAGAUUGGUUUAGUAAACGAUUCAAUAGCAGUACUGUCGAUGUGGUGUUUAUUCGAGGACAACCUUUCAUACUUUUAACAUCGAUGGCUAUGCAUGGUGACGGUUGUAAAUUUUGUCACGAAGCGGAGGUUGCUAUCGAAGCUGUUGGUGACGAACUGGCUUGCGCGAAGAGGGGGAGUUGCAGCAAAAAUGUAUCGGCUCGAUUUCUGCCCUAUCGCAGGCCAAUACUCUUGCAACACUUUCCAUUAUUCAGGUAA